GGGAACUUGAAGGAUUGCCUACGAGUUAUAAUUUCGAAAAAGAAGCAAGAUUGAGGAGAGCGCCUGUUUUAGGCGCGUCUCGCCAGCCGUAUUGCAGCCAGUCGCCUCCCACUAAGACGAAUGGAAAGGGUCGGAGGUUAUUGAGCCAAGAAGAGAAAAAAAAUACACCACGUGUGUUAGCAGCAGCAGUAGAGCCGGCUCCGUCCUUCUUUCCAUCCGUGUCGAGCUUUCAGCUUCUGUCAGAAUCGCUGAACCUGCUUUCCGGUUCGGCAAGGUGGGGAGGGGGGCGCAAAACGCUGAGCAGGAGCGAUGGUGAGCAAAACGGACGAGACCUCGCCGGUGGCUGUCGACACCAGAGAAAGCAAAGAGUUAGAAAAUGACAUUGGAAGGGAGGCGUGUGACUGUGCCCACUCGUCAGGCAUGCCAUUGGUCAAUGGAGAUGAUAGGCUCAAUCAUUCCGAGGUGGAAAACCAUAAAGAGAAGGAAGAUGGUGAGCCUCGCAUUGACGACGGGAAUGAGCAGGAAGUAAUAGUCAUCCAAGACACUGGCUUCACUGUCAAGAUACAUGUUCCUGGGAUAGAACCGUUUGAUCUGCAGGUUUCUCCACAGGAGAUGGUGCAGGAAAUCCAUCAGGUCCUUAUGGACAGAGAGGACACCUGCCAUCGCACAUGCUUCUCUCUACAGCUGGAUGGAAAUGUUCUGGACAACUUCUCUGAACUGAAAUCUAUAGAAGGCCUGCAGGAAGGUUCCAAUCUGAAAGUAGUUGAAGAGCCUUAUACAGUCCGCGAAGCUCGGAUACACGUGCGGCACAUCCGAGAUCUCCUGAAGAGCUUGGACCCGUCGGAUUCCUACAAUGGUGUAGACUGCAAUUCCCUAUCAUUCCUGAGUUUGUUCACCGAGGGUGAUUUGGGAGAAAGUGGCAAGCGCAAGAGGAAGGGCUCCGAACUGGAGCAGAUCGACUGCACGCCCCCUGAGCAUAUCCUCCCUGGCAGCAAGGAGAGGCCUUUGCUCUCCCUCCAACCUCAGACCAAGGACGCAAAGCCUCUACAGUGUCUGAAAGUGUUAACAAUGAGUGGCUGGAAUCCUCCACCAGGUAACCGUAAGAUGCAUGGUGAUCUGAUGUACCUGUACGUAGUUACAAUGGAGGAUCGGCACGUCAGUAUCACUGCUUCAACUCGAGGCUUCUAUGUAAAUCAGUCAACAGCCUACAGCUUCAACCCCAAGCCAGCUAACCCCAGCUUCCUUAGCCAUUCCCUGGUGGAAUUGCUGAGCCAGAUCAGUCCUACUUUCAAAAAGAAUUUUGCGGCCUUACAGAAGAAAAGGGUUCAGCGACACCCAUUUGAGAGGAUAGCGACCCCUUUCCAGGUGUACAGCUGGACUGCACCCACAGUGGAGCACGCCAUGGAUUGUGUUCGUGCAGAAGACGCGUAUACUUCACGUUUGGGAUAUGAGGAACACAUACCAGGACAGACAAGGGACUGGAAUGAAGAAUUACAAACUACCAGAGAGCUCCCCCGCAAGAACCUUCCAGAAAGACUCCUCCGCGAGCGUGCCAUUUUCAAGGUGCACAGUGACUUUGCGGCAGCUGCCACACGGGGUGCAAUGGCAGUGAUCGAUGGAAAUGUCAUGGCCAUCAAUCCAGGGGAAGAAACAAAAAUGCAGAUGUUUAUUUGGAACAACAUCUUCUUCAGCCUGGGCUUCGAUGUCCGCGACCAUUACAAGGACUUUGGUGGGGACAACGCAGCCUACGUGGCUCCCACCAACGACCUGAAUGGGGUCCGGGCUUAUAACACAGUCGAUGUAGAAGGGCUUUAUACUUUGGGGACUGUGGUUGUAGACUACAGGGGUUACAGGGUGACCGCACAGUCGAUCAUUCCCGGUAUUCUGGAGCGGGAGCAGGAACAGAGUGUUAUAUAUGGGUCCAUUGACUUUGGUAAAACCGUGGUAUCUCACCUCAAAUACCUAGAGUUGUUGGAGAAGACAGCAAGACCUCUCAAGAUCCAGAAGCACUAUGUACUUAAUGACAAGAAUGAGAAAGUGGAGCUCUGCUCCUCUGUUGAGUGCAAAGGUAUUAUUGGGAAUGACAGCCGCCAUUACAUCCUGGACUUACUGCGCACUUUCCCACCAGACUUGAAUUUCCUCCCUGUGGAAGGUGAAGAGCUCCCAGAGGAAUGCAGCAAGUUGGGCUUUCCAAAGGAACACAGGCAUAGGCUGUCCUGUCUGAGGCAGGAGCUCAUUGAAGCCUUUGUUGAACACAGGUAUCUUGUUUUCAUGAAGCUGGCUGCUUUGCAGCUAAUGCAACAGAAGACCAGCAAGCAAGAGAAGGAUUGUACUACUGUGACUGAGAAUGGCAGCUCUUCUCCAACCGAGGCUGUGGAAAGCAAGAAACCUGCGUCUGAAGAUGGUAAGGCUGAGGAAAACCUUUCUGGAUUAGAUCAAGCUAGAGACCUUGCAGAGUCCGUUGCAUCAGAAGACAGAACAGUUGACCCGAAGAGUAGGGAGGUCAUUCUGAAUGCCUGCAAAGCGGUUGGCUCUGUCAGCAAUACAUCUUUCAAUAUUCGCUUCAACCCAGAUAUAUUUUCACCAGGGGUCCGUUUCCCUGAUCCUAACAGUGAAGAACUCCAAAAGCAGAAGCAGUUGUUGAAAGAUGCCGCUGCCUUUCUUGUUUCCUGCCAGAUUCCUUCUUUGAUAAAAGACUGUGCUGAUCACACUGUCCUUCCGAUGGAUGGCGCUACGUUGGCAGAAGCUAUGCAUCAGCGGGGCAUCAACAUCCGUUACCUGGCUAAAAUAGUUGAGUUUGUUUCGAAGAGUCCUGCUCGACUGCAGUUGGACCACAUUUAUAAACUUGGAGUGACUGAAUUAAUUACCCGAUCUGCUAAACAUAUCUUCAAAAUAUAUCUUCAGGGAGUGGAGCUCUCUGGCCUGUCUGUCGCCAUAAGCCAUUUCCUCAACUGCUUCCUCAGUUCCUUCCCAAACCCCAUUGCGCACCUCCCAAUGGAUGAACUUGUCUCAAAGAAGAAGAGGAACAAGAGGAAACCACGGCACCUGGGAAAUGCUGAUAACACGACCUGGGCCAGCACGACCCCUCAGGAACUCUGGAAGAGCAUCAGUAGUGAGACUAAGAACUACUUCACCUUCAGCAUAGACUGUGAGAGUGUGGAUCAGGCUGUGGAGAAGUAUGGCCUUCAGAAGAUCAGCCUCUUGAGAGAAAUCUGCGUGAAGUCAGGUAUACAGAUCCUUCUGAAAGAGUACAACUUCGACAGUCGUCACCGGCCCACCUUUACAGAGGAGGAUAUCCUCAAUAUUUUUCCAGUUGUUAAACAUGUCAAUCCCAAAGCAUCUGAUGCCUUCCAUUUCUUCCAAAGUGGACAAGCUAAAGUCCAACAAGGAUUCUUAAAAGAGGGCUGUGAGCUCAUCAAUGAGGCCUUAAACCUUUUCAAUAAUGUAUAUGGAGCAAUGCACGUGGAAAUCUGUGCAUGCCUGAGGCUACUAGCUCGGCUUAAUUACAUCAUGGGUGACUAUAAUGAGGCCUUGAGUAACCAGCAGAAGGCAGUGCUGAUGAGCGAACGAUCACUGGGCGUCGAUCAUCCCAACACAAUCCAGGAAUAUAUGCACCUUGCACUGUACUGCUUUGCAAAUGGUCAACUAUCAACAGCCUUAAAAUUACUGUAUCGAUCCCGCUAUCUCCUGCUCUUGGUGUACGGUGAGGAUCAUCCAGAAAUGGCUCUGUUGGAUAGUAAUAUUGGCCUUGUGUUACAUGGUGUGAUGGAGUAUGAUCUCGCUCUAAGGUUCCUGGAGAAUGCUCUGACAAUCAAUGGCAAAUACCAUGGAGCAAAAUCCCUCAAAGUUGCCUUGAGCCACCAUCUGGUAGCGCGAGUCUAUGAAAGCAAAGCCGAGUUUCGAUCAGCUCUGCAGCACGAGAAAGAUGGUUAUACCAUCUACAAAAACCAGCUGGGUGAGAAUCACGAAAAGACCAAAGAAAGUUCUGAGUAUUUGAAGUAUCUCACGCAACAAGCUGUGGCUCUCCAACGUACCAUGAAUGAGAUUUACAAGAAUGGAUCCAAUGCCAGCAUCCUCCCACUCAAGUUCACAGCACCUUCCAUGGCAACUAUAUUGGAACAGCUCAACGUUAUCAAUGGCAUUCUCUUCAUUCCCCUCAGCCAAAAAGACUUGGAGAAUCUGAAGGCUGAGGUCCAGCGUCGUCAGCAACUACAAGAAGCAGGGAAGGGUGCAGUGCAAGAAGAUACCAGAGAUGAGACUGAACCAGUUCACGGGGUGAAGACCCAAACUUCUGUUGAGUCAUCCACAGAACAGACAUCAGCAUAAAUGUCUGUUUCUUCAGAAGUUUCCAGGAACUGUUGCCUGUUUAAACCUGGGCAGGUUUUCCAGGCUGUGGGAGACUUGUUGCAAUAAACUUUAUCUCUUGCGUGCGCACAGAAAGAAAUGCACUGGGACAUAGAAAUGUGUUGCGUUUACCAUUUCUUUUUUUUAAAAAGAAAAAAGGAAUAUCCUGCCAUUAGCAGAUCCGAAUAAAAUCGAAGCCUUAGCAGUGGCAUUGACUGCAUAACGUGUUUUUUUAAAAAACUAUUUAAAAGAGACUAGGUGUUUGAAAACAGUCACUUGUAAAGUUAAACAACUCAGCUUGUACAGUCAGUAAAAAAAAUCAACUAUUUGUAACGUACAUGUGUAAUAGUUUAAACAAAACUGUACAGAUGACAAAUUCCAAAUGAAUGAAUAUUGAAACACUUAAAAUACUCAGGUCGUUAUAUGCUGUUUGAGGGCACCAACUGAAAAACAAAUUGCAACUUUGAUGUCCAGAACUAAUCAUUUCAACUUAGAAACUAACUAAAAUAGUUAUUUGCCCUAAUCAACACAGACUAGAUUUAGCUACAAAUCAGUCGCUAGUCAAGUGGUGAAACCUGUACACCGUUGUGAAGAUGUACAGAUACAACUGAGUUGAGUUUUCGUGUCGAUUUCCAGUUCAAACUGUUUUAGAACCUGGUAACUUUCCCUCACGGAAACUGUCAAAUAUUUGGAAUUUGUGUGUUUGCCAUUGGUGAUGGGAAUUGUCUUUUCUUAAACCCUACACAUUUCCUAGUUCUUUUCAAAUUAGAAUUGGAAAUGUCUUUAAGCCUAUAAGGAAUGGGUGGAGGAAACGUGUAUUUUUUUUUGCUGUGAGCAGCAGUGUGACACGUUUCACAGUUGAAUCUGAAGGGCGGUGGGAUUUUUAGUGCAUUUAAAACAUGUGCGAUGAAUGUGCAUUGCACAGUGCACUCACGGCAAAACCUUUUUUGUUCCGGUGAAUGACUGUGACCAAGAGAGAUGAUAUUAAUUUUUUUAAAAAUGGCUAACCCGUAAGCUGUGUAUGUAUGUUGUGGUACUGACAAGACAAAAAGAUACAUUUAUGAAAUGAAAUGAGUGCUAUAUAGUAUAUUCUCGAAUCGUAUAAUCGUAUUUCAUGUGAUGUGAUAAUGGAAUCAUUACACAGUAAAUUCCUUCCAUUUAAGGAUCUGUAAUAAAUAUUGGAGUAAGCUGA